CCUACCGAAUCUUUGUUUCUGCGAUGUGGUUUAGUCGUAUGGCACUGCGCAGGCUCCAGAGGAUUGCUGUUACUCCUUUGAAACUCUCCGGGGAUCAAGUAGGCAAAGUGCAGAGAGAGAUGUCAACCCUGCCUCGGGUGUACGUCACACGGCAGAUCCCACCCGACGGCCUGAAGAUCCUGAAGGAAUCAGGACAGGUGCAGUUUGAGCUGUGGGAUUCAGAUGACGUCCCUGUUCCCAGGAAGGAGCUCCUUCAAAAAGUGAAAGGUGUUGACGCUCUGCUCUGCGUGCUGACGGAAAAGAUCGAUGCUGAAUUGCUGGAUGCUGCAGGCCCAAAUUUGAAGGUCGUCAGUACGAUGUCUGUGGGUUUUGAUCAUCUAUCUCUAGAUGAGCUGAAGAAGAGGGGAAUCCGCGUCGGUUAUACCCCUGACGUACUGACGGAUGCUGUUGCUGAACUGACCGUAGCAUUGCUGCUCACAACCUCCCGGAGGCUCAUAGAGGCCACGCACGAGGCCAAGACCGGCGGCUGGGGCACAUGGAGAACUCUGUGGCUGUGUGGGUAUGAGCUGGCCAACAGCACUGUGGGUAUUCUGGGUCUAGGGAGGAUUGGUGUGGCUAUUGCUGAGCGCCUGGCACCUUUCAAAGUCAAAAAAUUCAUCUACACAGAUGUGGCCCCCAGACCCGAGUUGGCCAAACUCAUCAAUGCAGAGUUUGUGCCGAUGGAUGAACUGGCAAAGCAGUCCGACUUUCUGGCAGUCUGCUGCGCUUUAACACCAGAAACAAAGGAGAUCUGCAACAAGGACCUCUUUUCCAAGAUGAAAAAUACCUCCAUCUUCAUUAACACAAGCAGGGGUGGGGUGGUGAAUCAAGAAGAUCUGUACGAGGCUCUGAAAACGGGACAGAUAGCAGGAGCUGGAUUAGACGUCACCGUCCCGGAGCCCCUGCCAACAAGCCACCCGCUCUUCACCCUCAAAAACUGUGUGAUCCUUCCACAUAUCGCCAGCGCCUCGUACACCACCCGUAAUGCCAUGUCAAGCCUGGCCGCGAACAACCUGCUCCUGGGCCUGCAGGGGAAGCCCAUGAUCAAAGGGCUCACGCUUUAAAAAAACAACCAGUUCAACUCAGGGAAUUGAUCACGAAUUGGACAGAUGUCACCGUUUCCCUUUGGAGGACUGAAAUAAGU